AAGCAGGGAACCCACCGAUUUUUCGAGUUCCUGGCGGUUCCUGGCGGCGGCGGCGCAGUCAGAUGGAGAUCCCCGUCCGCCGGUGGAACCGGCUGGCUGGAGCCCAGAUCCCCUUCAGGCGGGAUUCGCGACGCCCCUGCUCGAUCCAAUCACGGGGAGCGAAGCGAAAAUACUCCUCUUGGGGGGCGAAGCGCGCGCGCUCCGGUGGUGCUCCUUCCGGCCGCUCCCUGCCACCACCACCACCCCACACUAAAAAUAGGUGCGUACAUUUUGGGCUGGCCCCCUCUUGGGGGGCCAAGCGCUUGGAUCAUGCUCCCCCGGCGGUGGAUCAUGCUCGACAAUGCCCACGCCGGCUCCCGCUGCCACCGCUUCCUUAACACCUCCACCAGCGAGUGCAUCCGGACGGACCUCCCGGAGCUCGCCGGGCACACGUUGCUCGCGCUCACCCCCGAGGGCCUCCUGCUGCUGCUCCAUGAGCCCACCCUGGUCAUCCGCCUGCUCAACCCGCUCACAUGCCAGCUCACCGACCUCCCGCCGGUGACUGGUCUACUGAGUCCCAAGGACUAUCGAGCUCGGCAUCGCGGCAUUGAACUGGGAAAACGACUUCUACUGCAUGUCUGUAUGGCACUGGCCUCGUUGCUGACGGGUCCAAAGUGGCAGUUAGCUUCUGCGACCCCAGAGUUCUCGCCGUUGCUAAACCUGGUGAUGGGAGCUGGACUCCGGUCGACGACACCGACACACUCGACCCCAACACACACAUGUAUUCAACUUUGCCUUUCGCAGGCCGCUUCUACUGUGUCUCCUCCUGGGGUGUCAUGGUGAUGAACUUCAGUUCAGAUCAGCAGCAACCACCCCGGC